GGCUGGAACGAGGAAGUGCAGUGGAGAGGGGAGGGACUGAGGGCGCAGCUCCACGGGGCCGCGGCGCUGCGACCUCCAGCACAUGGAGCCGGAGACAGCUGGAAGAACUUCAUCCUGCAGACUCAAGGGAUCGCAGAGUACUUGCACCGCAUGGAGACAGAGGAGGCGCAGGAAAUGGCCCAGAUGCCAGGCAGAGAAACCCCUCCCGCCAAUGAGACCUCCGAGGACGCGGAGGAGCCCAUGGCGGUCCCGGAGGACUUGUCCACCAGCUCCAGCCUGCAGCAGAACAACCGAGGAGACAAAGCCUGUAACAUUAAAGUUGAGGCUCGCAGUGAUGAGGAGAAUGGGCUGGCCAGUCACGUGAAUGGCGUGGAGGAGGAGGAGGAGUGCGCGGAAGACUUGCGCGUGAUCGAUGCCUCGGGGGCCAAGGUGAACGGCUCUCAGCCGGGCCCCGAAGUCAAGGCCUACUCCUCUGCUGGAGGUAUCCGGCUGCCCAACGGGAAGCUCAAGUGCGAUAUCUGUGGGAUAGUUUGCAUUGGCCCCAAUGUGUUGAUGGUGCACAAGCGAAGCCACACUGGUGAGCGGCCCUUCCAGUGCAGCCAGUGCGGCGCCUCCUUCACCCAGAAGGGAAACCUGCUGCGUCACAUCAAACUUCACUCUGGCGAAAAACCCUUUAAGUGUCACCUGUGCAGCUACGCCUGCCGCAGGAGGGACGCGCUCACCGGACACCUCCGCACACACUCAGUUGGCAAGCCUCACAAGUGCGCGUACUGUGGGCGGAGCUACAAGCAGCGCAGCUCUCUGGAGGAACACAAGGAGCGAUGCCACAACUACCUGCAGUGCAUGGGUCGACAGAACAUCUACACAGUAGUAAAGGAAGAAAGCAGCCAGAGCGAACAGAGAGAAGACUUAAGCCAGACGGGAUCAGACAGAGCCCUGGUGCUAGACAGACUAGCUAAUAAUGUAGCCAAGCGUAAGAGCACUAUGCCACAGAAGUUUGUGGGAGAGAAACACCUGUCGGAGCUCAGCUACGACGGAGCGGCGGAGAUGAUGCAGCCUCACGUCAUCGACCAGGCCAUCAACAGCGCCAUCACCUACCUGGGGGCGGAGUCCCUCCGUCCUCUGGUCCAGACGUCCCCCGCCUCCUCUGAAAUCGGCCUGGGCUCAAUCUACCCUCUUCACAAGCCGGCGCCCGAGGGCCACACCGGGGCCCCCCACAACCUAUCGGCCAAAGACAGCGCCGCUGAGAACCUGCUGCUGCUCUCCAAGUCCAAGUCCGCGUCCAGCGAGAAGGACGGCUCCCCGAGCCACAGCGGCCAGGACUCCACCGACACGGAGAGCAACAACGAGGACCGGGCUGGCGGCGCCGCCUCCGGACUCAUCUACCUGACCAACCACAUCACCGCCGGCGUGAGGAACGGCGUGCUACCGCUGGUGAAGGAGGAGCAGCAGCGGCAGUUCGAGGCCAUCCGGGCCAGCAUGGAGAUGGCGUCGGAGGGGUUCAAGGUCAUGACCUCGGAGGGCGAGCAGGUGAGGGCGUACCGCUGCGAACACUGCCGCGUUCUCUUCCUGGACCACGUCAUGUACACCAUCCACAUGGGCUGCCACGGCUUCAGAGACCCGUUCGAGUGCAACCUGUGUGGUCACCGCAGCCAAGACCGCUACGAGUUCUCGUCUCACAUCACGCGUGGCGAGCACCGCUACUGAGAUCAGCGAGAGACCUACGCCGCUAUCAUGUCAUCCAUCCAUUAGUGACAACAGAAGCUCAACACUGCGACUUGUGUGACAAUAAACUCUUCAUUUAUUCAUACAUCCGCUCUCACACUGGAGAGGAGCCAUCAUGUAUGUGACUUGUUCAAACAUGAUUUUGUGUUUGUACCAAUUUCACUUUGUAUCAACAGUCGACAUCAAAACACGUGUUUAUCAAGCAGGCGGCUGAGUGUGUCACGCACUUGUCAGUAUGGAGCUUCUGUAUUUUUGGAUAAGGUUUACAAAUGAAACAGAAAAGUGCUAAACAUGCUGUUCAGAAUAAUGUUUAUCUAGUCUCACAGUGAAAUAAGUGGAGGAUCAAUUCCCAUGUUAAUAAAAUGAUAAUGCAAAUCAAUUGUUUUGCAGGCAGAAAUGAAGUGCUGUUGAAGUGUAACAGUAUUUGACCUGACGAAAAAACUCGACAGCAUGUUUACACUGAAAUGUUUCUGAGCCUUAUUACUAUUUCUGUUUCUUUUUGCUGUGUAAAUUUGCAUUGUGAGUUGAAUUGUUGGAUUAAACAACUAUUUUUAAAUGUCAAAAUGUUUUCUGGAGCUAUGAAACUCAUUUGAGCAUUCAGCUCUGAGAAUCGUCCUGAGGACUCACGGCUUUCCAUCACAAGUGUUGAGGCAGUCGGAAGCUGACGUCCAGCAGAGACUCGGUGAAGAGCUGCUCAGGCAGUGUUGUAGCUCACGAUCUCACUCUAAAGACACGGAAGAACAAUCAAUAUUGAGAAAUCACCCCUGGAGCUUUGGAACAGACAAACAGGACGAAAAGUCAAUUCUCCGAAGACAGACGUCGAGACUCACUGGUGAAACCAACGUCCAAAUAACCUGUUUGUCAUUGGACUGAUGAUGUAACUUGUGAACGUGUCUUUACGCCGCAUGUUUGUUGACUGUUUUUAUUUUAUCAUGAAUAACAAAAAAAUAAAUAAGUGAUCAUUUCUAUCCGUUUUUUUCCCAACUGUACAUAAAAGGUUUCAAGUGUAGAUAUGGCAUUUAAUUUAUCAGGUCUGUCUUUUGUUUGUAUUUAUUUCAGUCCUUGUUUUUACUGAGUAGAGUAGAACCUGCUGCUGUUCUAGUUCCCACGGCUGGAAUCUUGUUUUGGAGACGUCAUUACGAAUGUGA